UGUACAUCUAAAUUUUCAAAAUCCAAAUCCGAACACAUUUUCCCGCUCAAACUUCAUCCCCUUCAAAACCCUAAAAACACAAUCUUUAACACCAAAAUCCACUCCGAAUCCUUCACAAAAUUUUCAAUAAACCACUCAAUCCACAAUGUCAUCAUCCGCCGUACGCCGGCCAAAACAAUCCACCGUCACCGCCACCGUCGCACCACCAAAAACCACCACCAAUCCACCACCAAAAACACACAGAAGCACAACUCCGGUAUCCGAACGAAUCAUCUGCCGAAACAGAACUUCCGUGAACAUUCCCGCCGGAAAAGAAAAUGGUAACGGUAGCAGUUGCAGAUCGACUUCGAGGAUUCGUGCUGCUGCUGCGGCUAAGCCUGCGAAGCCGAUUGUGCCUGCGAUGGCUCGAGCCGAGAAGGAUGGAGCCGAGCCGCGAGCCAGGUGGUCGAGUAAUAUGUCUGCAAAAGGUAGAAGCUCUAGUCCUUGUGAUUUUAAUAAUAAUAUUGUGGCUGAGAUUCGUAAAACUAGGGUUUCUAGGGUUUCGGUUGAUCGAAAUGAGAGAACUCAAAGAAGUGUUAGUGUUGAUAGGUCUGCUAGGGUUUCUAGGGUUUCAAAGUUGCCUGAUUGUAAAUCUGGUUCUGAGAAUAAAAACAGUGAGAUUCUGAAAGAAUUGAAGCCAAAACCGUUGAAAAUUCAAAAUGCUAGGGUUUCAAUAGGUUCAACUAGAAAUGACAGUGAAAAUGAGAUUGUUUCGCAUGCGGAGAGUUUGAUCGCGGUCGAAUCUAAUCCGGAUUCGGUUAUGAAAGUUUCGGAAAGUGUUAAACUGUUUGAGAAGUUUAAGUCGAAAUCUGGUGGUUUGAAGUCUAGUAAUGUGGUUGAAACCGAAGAGAAUGAUGCUCGUUUGAGCAUUGGUAAGUUAAGUAGAGGGAGUGGUUCAGAUGGUGUGAAAGAGAAGGGGGGAAGUGAAGAUGUUACAAGUUUACGAUCGAGUGUGAAGUAUCCGAGUAAACUACAUGGGAAGCUUGCGUUUUUAGAAGAGAAAGUGAAGAGGAUAGCGUCUGAUAUUAAGAGGACAAAGGAAAUGCUGGAUUUGAAUAAUCCAGAUGCAUCGAAAGUGAUGCUUUCGGAUAUUCAAGAAACUGUCGCGGGGAUCGAGAAGGCGAUGGGUGAUGUUGUGAGCGGUGGAAGCGGUGAGGAGAAAAAGGGUGAAAGUCUGCAGGUUUCUGCGACAAAAAAGAAUAGUCCGAUUAAGGAGCCGAGUGAUAGAAAAAGUUCAGCGAAAGGAUUGAAUACUGAUGAACUAGAAGCAAGGUUCUUUCCUCACCAUAAGUUACUCAGAGACCGGUCAACACUAAAAGCACCUGCCGGGACCCACGAAGCUAUCAAAACAGAGGCUGGUUUAGCUGUUACUGAAACAAAACCAGAGGGUAAACUGUCAAGUACGGUUGAUGAGAAAUGUAUAGCACCUUUGAUACCAGACUCAUUGAGUAAAGGGGAGUCAAAAGUUACAGUCAGGGGUGGUUCGGAGAUAUGUGAAGUUCAAGAAACGGAUGAAAAUGUAAAUUCAAGAGGACGUGAUUCUUCAAACACUUACAUCGGAAAAUGUAACGUUGAGACAAUGCUCACUGCUAAUGAAACACUUGAAGAUUGCGAUGAAGAGGAAAACAAGGCAGUUAUGAUCUAUGUAGAGGAGAUAGACGAUAGUUUCAAUAACCAGUUGAACGAGAUCGGGCACAAGGCUUCUACUGGUGGAUGGUUUGUAUCAGAAGGAGAGUCGGUUUUGCUUGCUCAUGAUGACGGUUCAUGCACGUUCUAUGAUGUUGCCAACUCUGAGGAGAAAUCCAUAUACAACGCUCCAGCUGCAAUUUCACCGAAUCUAUGGAGAGAUUGUUGGGUCGUUCGCGCACCGGGUGUAGACGGUUGUUCUGGAAGAUACGUUGUGGCUGCGUCUGCAGGAAACAGCAUGGAUUCUGGUUUUUGUUCAUGGGACUUUUACACUAAAGAAGUAAAAUCAUUUCACAUAGAAGAUGGAGUCACAAACACAAGAACAGCACUUGCUCCAUUACCCAACAAUGUUCUAAACAGAAGACAUGAUUUAACAAAUCUGACACCAGAAAAUCGACAAUGGUGGUAUAAACCUUGCGGUCCGCUUAUUAUUUCAACGGCUAGUAACCAGAAAGGUGUUAGGAUAUACGAUAUCCGCGAUGGUGAGCAUAUAAUGAAGUGGGACGUGCAGAGUUUUGUUUUGGAAAUGGAUAAUUCGAGCCCGUUGCAAUGGAGAAACCGGGGAAAGGUGGUUUUGGCGGAGACAGAGAGUGUUUCUUUGUGGGAUGUCGGGUCUCUUACCCCUGAACCGCUACUUUCGGUUUCUUCUAAUGGUAAAAAGAUUACAGCACUUCAUGUGAAUAAUACUGACGCUGAGCUUGGUGGAGGAGUUCGCCAAAGAGUCAGUUCAUCAGAAGCAGAAGGGAAUGAUGGUGUAUUCUGCACAUCAGAUUCCAUAAACAUACUAGAUUUCCGUCAUCCAUCAGGAAUCGGUCUCAGGAUUCCCAAAUACGGCACCACUGCCCACUCAGUUUUCUCACGUGGUGACUCCAUCUAUCUCGGAUGCAGCAGCUCCUCAUCAUCUGCUAGAAAACCCCCAUCAACCGCUCAAAUCCAACAGUUUUCUUUGCGCAAACAGAAGCUUUUUACCACCUACAUUUUACCCGAAUCUAACUCGCACCCACAUUACAAGGCCAUAACACAAGUUUGGGGCAACUCGGAUGUAGCCAUGGGUGUGUGUGGCUCAGGGUUGUUUGUGUUUGAUGCAUUGAAGGAUGAUGGGUCGAAACCGUUCACGAGUGAUAAUGCAAAUGGUGAAACGGUUAGAGAGACUAUUGGGCCGGAUAACUUAUACUGUCCGACGUUUGAUUAUAUGGGAUCACGAGCUCUGCUUAUAUCGAGAGAUCGCCCUGCAUAUUGGAAGUACCUGUGUUAAGUAUUAUUGUUCAUUGUUUUUUGAGUUUGUGUAAUAUGUAUUUAAGUUGUUUUUGUUGCUGUUCCAUGAAAUGUUUUUACAUUUCAUAUGUAAUGUGCAAGUCUGAACUUAAGUUAUUUCUAUAAGUUUGUGCAAUUUUGAGUUGCUUAUUUGUUUUC